AUAAUAAUAAUAAUGAUAAUAAUAAGAAGAAGAAGAAGAAGAAGAGAUAUAUUAUGUACUCGAAUACGACUAGGAAGACGAAUAUUUGUUCAAAAAAGAGGACGAAUACAGUUUCAGAUAAGAAAACCGAGACAAACACGAAGAAAUAACACUGGAAUAAUACCUAUAUCUUCUUCAAAGAUAUGGAGGAAGAAGAUUUCUAUCUCUGUUUACUUGCUACUUAUUCGAUUACCAACUUUAAGGAUACAUCUCCAGUAUGAAAAUAGCAAUCCAUCGUUUGUAUAUCUGGGAAGGCAGCAGGACAUCACUGAUAUUCAAAGGUUCAGACAGUUCUUAACAGCUCAGUGUGCCGGGAAAGAGCUUCCAUGUUGUACUUUAGAAUUCAUCAAGUCCACCUUACCCACUCCCAUUAAUUUAGCUGGUACCAAAAGUGGAGCAACCCUUGGGGAAGAUGGAGGGGCAAAGCAACGUCACCUUACACCAAAAACUCAAGAAGUAAAAGAAAAAUUGGACAAGAUCAUGAAGGGAAACAAAGAAGCUGCGUUCACUGACAUAACAAAAGCCACUCCAAAUUUUAAUACACGUUCCUUAAAUGGUGUAACAUGUGAACAUAAUCAAUUUGCACGCUUUUAUUUACUUAUGAAAAAUUGUACCUGGGUCAUUUCUAAUCAGUACAAACCAAAUCAUGCAAAUUCUUUACACUCUGAAGAAAUUUUACUUAAUGAUUUAAACACAUUUCUUCAGGACGAAGGAGAUGAAGUCAGCGCUCUCUUCAUCUAUACAUUCAACAGUCCAUGUUUACACAGGUAUAACAAAACCCCAUGUAUGUUCCUACUUCUAGACCAAAGUCCGAUCUUUAAACACUUCUAUGGGUUUCAGAGACACAUUUUUUAUACUAAGAAUUAUGGAAUAGCAGGCCCACAUUAUUACAAAAAUAUCAAGUACUCUGACAUUUCUCAUUCAGGUUCACCUUUCCAGAAAUUCUGUAAAGAUCAAGAAAAGGUCGCAUUCAAUAUUAAGUCCAAUUUUCAAAAUUUAAUCAAAGAAUUUUUUGAAAAUAACCAUGAAAAAAACCUUUAUAAAGACAAACUUAAAUCUGCUUUGAACUGCCAUCGUACAAGACAAGAGCAUUUGGACCAAGGGCAUGAAAUUUUUGGGUUAUCGGACUAUAAUGCAAAAUGGACUAAAAUAGUUGAGAAGGAGUUCAUGCAACAUGUAAGAGAAAAACUAAGAUCAGCAGUGGUUCCAUAUUUCGCAAAGACAUUUUUAGGAAACAGCUGCCCUAAGCAGCUGUAUCAACUUGGUUCAGAUCAGUCGUUUUACCCAAGAGUAAACUUGCCGUUCUUAUGGCGUACUCUCAUUUUUUAAUUUUUUAAGUUUUUAAGUUCUAUGUUUUUGGGGUUUUUUUUCAAAUGAGACAUUACUACAGUGGUUGAUGAUUCAAUUUGCUGGAAUUCAAUUACAAGGCCAUUCAGUUCACACCAUUCAACUUCAACUGAAUUCAUGUCAUAUUG